UACUACAGAUAUAAUUUUACAGAAGAUUGUACAAAUAGAUGGUGUGAAGAGUUAGAAUCGAAAUUCAAGACAAGUGAGAAGUUGACUUUGUAAAAUAGGCUGCAAUUUAUAAAACAUGCCUUUGUGUGUAAGGUUGUUAGCAUUCCUUUUAUAAGAAAGGAGGUUAACAAAACGAUGACAGCACAUUGAAUGAAAACAAUGAGUACUUUUCACUAAAUUGUUUUGGGUCACGUGACGACGACCACCCAUAGAAUCAGACUGAAUAGAACAGGAGUACCGAAGACUCCGCGGCAGCCAUCUUAGUUGUACCAACGGCUAUCACAACCACCAGGAAGUGUCCGAUCUAUCCGUUGUACUUCUCUAGGGUCAACUCUUUCAGUCAAACUACCUUCAAAGAGCGGUUAGAGGAAAGUUGUGAUUGCCUGUUGAGACCACCCAGUAUAACAGGAUGGACUCGGGGAUUUUGAACAUAGAGGAGAUAGUGAUGGGACGGGGAUUGCCGGAUCCACCACCUGAAGUUCCCCCUGUAAAGCCAGUAGAACCACACAAACCCACCACUUUCAAUGGACCUCCUGCACACACCAUUCAACCAUACCAGCAUGAAAAUCUGCAGUGUUUCCAGUGCUUCAUUACCUUCUGCAGUGCCAAAGCCAAGGAAAGGCAUAUGAAGAAGAGCCACCGGGAAGAGUAUAAGCAACAGCUUCAGGAGGGAAACACAUUGUUCACAUGCUAUGUGUGUGACCGCACAUUUCCCUCAUCUGAGGAACUGACACAGCACCAGCCAACACACAGCAAGGACGACAAGCCUUUCAAAUGCGUGCACUGCAAGGAGAGCUUCAAAACGUUCUCUGAACUCACAGCCCAUAGAAGACAGGUGUGUCCUGAGAAACAGUUGGUCUGUAAAGAUUGCAAUGAAACCUUCCGGAGUGCUGGUCUGUUGCGUACUCAUCGCCUUACCCAGCAUCCCCGCCCAGAUGUAGAGACUCCAGAACAGCCGGAGGACUCUACGAAAACCCACCGCUGUAAGAAGUGUGGUCAGGGCUUUGAAACGGAACCAGAGCUGAUAGCACACCAGGAGAAGUACCCUGACGGUCAGCAAUGCAACGGCAGUGCUUCAUCCGUCAAGAAACGUGGACGGCCUUCCAAAGCGGAAGAGGUGGCAGCUGCUGAGAAGAAGGGAAAGCGGAAAAAGAAGGAUGAGGCUGAAGUGCCUGAGGAGGCAUUGAAGGCCAGCAGCACAUCAGAGUCAGCAGCACCUCCAGCAAAGGAAAAAGGAAAAGCAGGUGGAGCAAAGCGCGGCCGUCCUUCUAAAGCAGCAGCAAAACAAGAAACUGAAGAAACGAAGAGUCCUGAGGAUGACAGUCAAGCUCCAGCAAAGGAGAAGAAACCUAAAGCAGAUGCUUCUCCUCCAGCCCGUCAGCACCCCUGUCCUGAAUGUGACCUUGCAUUCCCAGGCUUGAUUCAGCUCCGUGCUCACAAGAAGGAGAAACACGCCCCACGGAAAGCCCAUCCCUGCGAAGAAUGUGAAGAGAGCUUUGCUCGUCCGGAGCAGCUGGAUGCCCACAUGUCACGGGCUCACGCUGUGGGCCGCCUUGCCUGUCCAACCUGCGGGAAGAGCUUUGGCCGUGAGCGCACCUUGCAAGCUCACCAGAAAAGCCACCCGGAGGAGAAGCCUGACACCCCGAGUGCAAAGAGAUAAUUCAGACAUGGGGACUUUGCAGAAAGUGUAUGUUUUUUGAAGAUUUUAGUCAGGCAUUUGUCCUUUUCAGAUGAGUUCGGAAUGCUUUUGAGAAUGACGUUUUAGCAAGUUUUGGAUUUGAAAUUGAGUUUUGAUUAUGAGCUGUUGGAAUUUUGGACAGAUGCAUCUCCUAAAUUGACUAACCAAAUGUCGUUGAAUCCAUCGAUUACAUCCUUUGCCACAAAACAUAGUUUAUAUGUAAAAACAAAUUGUUUUGAUUUGACUUUUUAAAAUGAUUUGUUUCAGUUUUUUAAGUGUGAAAUACGUGUGGUGUGAAUUUUUUUUGUUGGUGUCCAGAGUUGUUAAACUCAUGUGUGGAAUUUUCUUUUUUUUUACGUUUUUCUUUUUUGUUUUCAAAACAAAUUUUGAAGCGAAUUAGAUGCCUAGUAGAGAUACUAUGUUUGAAUGUUUAGACAGUUUGUCAAAAAGAAAUGUGUUAUGUACAGCUUCUGGUUCAUAUUGUGCAUUUUCUUUACUCUUAAUAUUUUGAUUAUGUUCCUUUCUAAAUUAAGUCUCAUUGAGGAAGAAUUUUAAAAUAACAUUAUGUCCUGCUAAAUAAAUAUUUUGCCUUAGUGCUACAGAUUCAAUGUGCAGUGUUUGGCAUGUGGGCAUCAAUGAUCCACUAUAAUCAUGAUUUAUCCACUGUAAAAAUUACUCCUUUUUAAUUUUACACUUAUUAGAAUAAUAUUUAAUGUCUUGGAAAUUUCUUAAAUGGAACUCAUGACUCUUUAUUGCCUUAGAGUCCCAUAAGGAUCUGUGUAUAUCAUGUGUUUUUCACUGAUUGGAUUGUUUCUCUCGCCACUGCAAUGUGUCUGGACACUGCAAACAUGUAAUAAAAACAUGCUAUCCCAAGGGAGGCUGCUGAAGAAAUAA